UCAGUAGCAUGUGGUCAGUGUUGCAUAAAACCAACAGGUUACUUGACGCCGUAGUUCUUGUAGAGACUUGCCACCGAAUAAAACUGGAUUCUGUAGCUGCUUCUCUUACCAUUUGUGACUUCUUGUUCUAAGGAUUUAAUACCAUGUUCGUUAGUAAUUCCUGCUCAGUGCCGAUACAUUUAAUCGUCUUAGUGGCCAUAUCCGCAGCGAAUUCUCAAAGUCUAACGCCUAACAAGACAUUGAUGCAUAGCUGUUAUGCUUGUUCAACAGCUUUCAAGAAGUACUGGCAAUCAAGCGACCCUUGUCUAAGAGGUUCUAAAACACUUCCAAUUCAACAAUGCACGAUUCAACAACAUCACUGUCAGGUGAAGACGAGCAGUAUGUUUAAGAGGAUUACGAAAAUAACUCGCGAAUGUAUCGACAGCUGUAUACCUGGAUGUAAAAGGUACCUCUUUGGUGUAUUAAAAGUGGACUGUACCAUGUGCUGUAACGCAACUAACUGUAAUUAUGGAAACAAUGGGGAGAGGCUCAGAAUUCCUGUGACACACAUUUUAUGUGUCGUUAUAGUUUCAAUGGUAACAAACUAUCGAAUGUUGAGGACUUAAAAUUAAUAUAUAUAUAUAUAUAUAUAAAUACUAUAAUAUUAAUGUAAUUGCAGACAUUGAUUUGAUGAUGAAUAAAUGUUUUUUAACUUAA